GUCGUCACAAGCCCUUUUUGAGCCAGGGUAAGCCCAAGCUAGAGGUGCUGGAAAUCUCUAUUGAUGGCACACUUCGGGUUAAAACUGCAGUUCAUUCCUUCAACGAAGGAAGGAAAGCUGGUCAAUUAUGACCAAAUUUGACCGGAAGCCCUUUUGUAUACUCUCAGGCAUACAAUAGAUUUACUGCAGUGUGCUGCGGCUUCUUUGAGCAGAUGAGGUCAAAUAAUCAAACUGUUGGCGGCUGCAUGUCAACUUGUGGUGACAACACCGCCGGCAAUGGUUGUAUUGAAGCCGAUAGCGGAAAGCAACCUGAUGCAAUAUUAUCUGCCCAUAGCUAUGCAUUUAUGGUUGAGCAAGACUGGUUUCAGAAUAAUAUAUCAAAUUUUGGAGACAUCAAGGAUAUGGACAACGUUCCUAUGGUGCUAGAAUGGAGGUUAAGCUUAGACAAGAACAGUUCAUCAUUCACAUCGUAUGAAAAUUUCAUCUUAAAUAAAAUUUUGGGUUUUACUUUAUCGAGUAUACCAUAUACGGAUAAUUCAUUAGUUGUUGCCUUGCAAAAUCAUUUGAAUACAACGUUGCUACGAGAUGACGAUCCAACACCGUAUUGCAAUUUAUUUAAUGCCACUUCUCCGACAAACAAUCUUCCAAUGCUUCAGUGUUUCUGUCCGGCCGGCUAUGAUGGAAACCCCUUUCUUGUCCAACCUUUGUAAAAACCAUAAUUACAUGCUCACAACAUAUGCACAGCAAUCAUAAAAGGAUCAAGGCUUACCUUCUGCAAUUACUGUCAUGGAUUCCAUCUUAUGCAACUGCUUAACUCGAUCACUGAAUGUGGUCUUCUGUUACUUACCAACUUGCUUCUCAAUGGACAGAACUUAUGCA